GUGUUGUUGUUUUUUCAGGUGUUUUCUGUGUUCGUUCGUUUGUUUCGUUUAGUGUUUUGAGAUUUUCGAAUCGAUAAAAUUCAAUAAAUAAAUAAAAAUGAAAUUCAUUCAUAGUUUUGCUAUUGUGUUUACCUGUUUGGUAAUGGCCACCAUGUUUUUUGGUCCACCUGCACCAGUUGAAGCAAAAAAGAAAAAAUUAUUAACAGCAAUUUUAUUGGGUGCUUUGUUGGGUUCGAAACAAAAAUUGAUGCCUUUACCACUUCCAUUGCCGAUUCCAUUGCCAAUCAAACAUGAAAAAGUUAUUCCAUAUCCAGAACCAUAUCAUUAUCCAGUUUACGGUGGUUAUGAACAUGGUGGAGGUUAUGGCGGUGGUGGCUAUGGAGGUGGUGAUCAUUAUGCUGCUGCAAGUGGUUAUAUGCCACAAUAUGCACUUCCACCACAAGGUUAUCGUCCAUACUAAAUAGAGAAAAUCUUCAAUUUUUAAAUCCUGAAAAUUUUGAUUUUUUUUGAAUUGAUAUCCACGGUGCCCACAUAAUCAUCAUUAUCAUUGUUAUUGUUGUUGCGGUUUUAUUUCUGGAUCGGAAGCUGGUUUUUUUGAUCUUUAAUCAAACCCAUCGACGACUACCACCAAAAUCAUCUAUGUCAUUACCAUC